GCUGUCACCGCUUCCUCUUUCCCCCGGCAGCGGCCACCGCCACCGCCUCCUUCUCCUUCUCCUCGUCCUCCUUCUCCCCCCUCAGCCGGCCCCCUUUCCUCUGGGCUCGCUCCCCCGGCCGGGCCAUGGGGCUCCUGUCGCAGGGCUCCCCGCUGAGCUGGGAGAAGACGCAGCGGCACGCGGACCACGUGCGCAAGCACGGCAUCCUCCAGUUCCUGCACAUUUACCGCGCCGUCCGGGAGAGGCACAAGGACGUGCUCAAGUGGGGGGACGAGGUGGAAUACAUGCUGGUAGUCUUUGACCAUAAAAAUAAGAAAGCACAAUUGUCCUUAACUGGAGAAGAUGUUCUCCAUACCCUGCAAGAAAAAGGUGAAAAGACAAACCCAAAUCACCCAACACUUUGGAGGCCAGAGUAUGGAAGUUAUAUGAUUGAAGGGACUCCCGGCCAGCCAUAUGGGGGAACAAUGUCUGAAUUUAACACUGUACAAGACAACAUGAGAAAGCGACGUCAAGAAGCUGCUUCAGUUCUGAAAAAAAAUGAAGCUGUUUGCACUGUCACAUCAUUUCCAAGAUUAGGUUGUCCAGGAUUUACAAUACCAGAGUGCGAGCCAACCCCUGUUGAGACAGGAGCCUCCAAGUCUCUGUUCUUCCCUGAUCAAGCUAUCAACAAACAUCCACGAUUUAGUACUUUAACAAGAAACAUUCGACACAGAAGGGGGGAAAAAGUGGUGAUAAAUGUGCCAAUAUUCAAGGACAAGAAUACUCCAUCACCAUUUAUAGAAAAAUUCCCUAAUGAUGAUGGAGAAGCAGCAAGAGCAGCCAAGCCUGAUCAUAUAUAUAUGGAUGCCAUGGGGUUUGGAAUGGGCAAUUGCUGUCUUCAGGUAACAUUCCAGGCUUGCAGCAUUUCUGAAGCAAGAUAUCUUUAUGAUCAGCUAGCCACAAUUUGUCCCAUUGUGAUGGCACUGAGUGCUGCAGCUCCAUUCUAUAGAGGCUAUGUGACGGACAUUGAUUGCCGUUGGGGAGUAAUAUCUGCAUCAGUAGAUGACAGAACAAGAGAGGAAAGGGGAUUAGAGCCAUUAAAGAACAACCGUUACAGAAUCAAUAAAUCCAGAUAUGAUUCCAUAGACAGUUAUCUAUCUGAAUGCGGUGAAAAGUACAAUGACAUAGAUUUGACAGUAGAUAAAGAUAUCUAUGAGCACCUAGUAAAAGAAGGCAUUGACCAUCUUUUGGCACAACACAUUGCUCACUUAUUUAUUCGUGAUCCACUUACUCUCUUUGAAGAGAAAAUACAUCUGGAUGAUGCAAAUGAAUCUGACCACUUUGAGAAUAUUCAGUCAACAAACUGGCAGACAAUGAGAUUUAAACCUCCACCUCCAAAUUCAGAUAUUGGAUGGAGAGUUGAAUUCAGACCAAUGGAGGUCCAGCUAACAGACUUCGAGAAUUCUGCAUAUGUUGUAUUUGUAGUGCUGUUGACUCGAGUCAUUCUGUCAUACAAGCUGGAUUUUCUCAUUCCUUUGUCCAAGGUGGAUGAAAACAUGAAAGUGGCCCAGAAACGGGAUGCUGUCCGUCAGGGCAUGUUUUAUUUCAGGAAAGACAUUAGCAAAGGUGGCAAUGCUGUAGUGGAUGGAUGUGGCCCAGCUCAAAAUGGUACAGAAAAUGAUGCAGAAGAAUAUACUUUAAUGAGCAUAGAUACAAUAAUCAAUGGAAAGGAGGGAGUAUUUCCUGGAUUAAUUCCAAUUUUAAAUUCCUACCUUGAGAACAUGGAAGUGGAUGUGGAUACAAGGUGUAGCAUUCUGAACUACCUAAAAUUAAUAAAAAAGAGAGCAUCAGGAGAAUUGAUGACAGUUGCUCGAUGGAUGCGAGAAUUUGUUGCGAACCAUCCAGAAUACAAACAUGACAGUGUAAUCACUGAAGAGAUGAAUUACAGCCUGCUGUGGAAAUGUAACCAGAUUGCACGAGAAGAAGUUGAAUGCCCUGAGCUACUCGGAGUAGGACUUAACAAAGUAAAAUCCAGUGGAAAUAAAACUGGCACUUUUUGAUGAAAGGUUUUAAUCCCAUGUGUGAAAUUCGAAACAUUUUCUGCUGAAGCACCAGCUAGAUGACUGGUGAGUGCCUGCAGUUUUGUAAAGGCCAGACAUGGUUCCACUGCACUGUAAGAUGGGCCAACCUGUCUAAAUGUCCUCUUAAAACUUCUUAAAAUAGGCUUUUUCUUAUAUUUAAGGUUUAUACUGUGUACCUGUAAAUAGUAAAAUAUUUUUGAUUUAACAUCAAUGUAUUUUAAUAACAUUAUACUGAAAAGUAAUUGUGAACCAGCUUAUAACUUUUUAUAUGCUUAUUCUGGGAAGAUUCAUUCUUAUUGUAAAGGUACUGUAUUGGUACAUGUGUAUUAGGUGCAUUCCAGCCAUUGAAUGUUUACUCUGAUUUUUUGUUACCUGGAAUGCAUUGAAUAAUCUACUGUAUUUUAAAGUGAAAUUCAGAACCUGAUUCACAGAUAUUUUUCCUGUUCUGCUUUGAAAAGAUAGUGCAGUCCAAAUCCUGCUGAAGUCAGUGGCAGAAAUCUCACUGACAUCAGCAGAAUCACUUUUCAGCUCCCAAGUAUAUUAACUUGGAUUUCAGUAGAAGCUGGUCCCAUUGUGGUAAGUGGGAUAUGAUAAAUCUAAAUACUUCCCAUUAACUAGAUUUGGGUAUAAAAAAAUCAGGGUGUUAAAUACAAUACCUGACGUUCUGUUGCAGUCUCUGUUCACUGUCAGCCAGGGCAAUGUGUGCUACAAGUUCUUCAUUACUAAUAAAUAGUCAAGGCCUCAAGGGCAAGAAUCACCUCAGACUGUAGUACAACCAAGUAGAUUAACACUGGAAGGACAAAUUUGUUCUUAAUAUCAUCAUCCUUGGAUAAAAGUAUAUAGAAGUACUUUGCUUUCACUUUUGAACACUCAUUUGUCAGUUGAUCCCAAUAAGGUUGUCUUGGGUUUUGUCAUUCCUCGGGUUUUCAACUCGCAUAAUAUCUCUGGACAUGAUAUCCUGUUGCCAUGAUGGAGAGGAGUCCUACUUCCCAACCUUCACUAAACGUACAAUAUGUGGUCCUUUCAGUCCAUCCAGUAUAUGCGGAGAUCCAAAUCACAUAUUUCUUUUCCCUUUAAAAGGCAGAUAUUAAAAUUUUAAUAUCUAUUAUCAGGAGCUGUGGUUCAGCAAAGAGGUCUGAACAAGUGUGAUACAAAGAAACGAAAGAACUAGUAAGAAAACAGCAUGCAGAGCCAAGCAGGAAACUGCUUCAAACUUAUUUUAAGUGGCAUCUUUUUGUUAAAAUCCUAAAUGUUACCUUUAUUACCUGUUAGCUCCAUCUCCUCUAGUGGAUAACAGUUAUCUCUAGAAAAAUCAUGAAAUGCACUAAUCUCUCUGUGAAUCGGGAUCCUGAAAUGUAAAAGAAUUGUAUAGAGUUUAAUAAAAGUUGUUGAAAUUGUACAUAUACCUGAGCUUUAGAUGAAGGGUGAGGCUUUUUUAAUAUUAGCUGCCUAAAAUAUGAUUACAAAAAGUUACUUUUGCUGUAUGAUAAGAGUACAUACUUAAUAACAAACGGAUAUAAAUAUCCUAAAGCGUAAUGACUUAGAAGGCACCAGUGGAAAACUGCAGUAAAACUGCAUCUAGAGGGAAUCUAUAGAGAGAUUAGAACUUGUGUGGUAUUCAUAGGUAUACUUUUGGAAGAGUUUGUUUCAGAUUAUAAGUGGGAUAAUACAGACUUGCUCAUUGUGGAAUGAACAAAAUCAGUAGUGGAUUGUGAAUGUCUCUGUGUAAGGCUAAUUCAUAUACAUAUUUUCCACAGAAGUUGAAAGCAAAUAAAGUUUUUUAAAAAUCCAAAA